AUGCACCAGCGCUUCCGCGUGCUGGAGCUGGCCUCGCUGGCCUCGGGCGAGCAGGCAGCGGCUUUCCUCGCCGCCGUCCGCUGCCUCGUCAGCACGGCCGCGGGCGUUGACCACAUCGACCUCGCCGAGUGUGCGCGCCGCGGCGUCGUCGUCGCCAACUCAGGGACGGUCUACUCCGCCGACGUCGCAGAUCACGCCGUCGGCGUGCUCGUCGUCGUGCUUCGGCGCGUCUCGGCGGCGGAGCGGUUCGUUCGGCGCCGGCUCUGGCCGCUGCACGACGGCGGCUACCCUCUCGGCUCCAAGCUAGGUGGCAAGCGUGUUGGCAUCAUCGGACUGGGGAACAUUGGUUCGCUGAUUGCAAAGAGGCUUGAAGCUUUUGGCUGUGUCAUCUACUACCACUCCAGAAGACCCAAGGAUUCAGUCUCUUACAGAUACUUCCCCAAUGUUCACCAUCGCUUCUGA